AUGCGACCCGGUUUCUCACUCUCAUGGAAUGUCGAGUGGCUUGGAUCAUUCCCUGUACCGGGAAUUGAUCCGGAAUCCGUAUCACAGCGAUUAGAUCGAUUCAUUCCUCGGAAACCUCCUAUUGCUGUUCAAUUAUCAAUUUCCGUUUAUGGUGUAAAAGUUUGUGCUGUUGAUGAUGAGCGAAUAUUAUUUUGUCAAUCAAUUCGACGAGUAAAUUGUGUAAUUGGUCGAACAGAACGACACGAGGUGGCAUAUAUUGCUCGAGAACCAUCGGGUCAAGUGUACAGAAGAUUGUGUCACCUGUUUAGGACUAAAUCAUCACAUCAGGUGGAAGAAAUAGAAUCUAUUCUUGAGAAUGCUUUUCAAGCAUCAGCACUUAUUAAACCAUCAUCACCACUUAUAAAUUCAGCAAAAUUAACUUCAUCAAAUUCAGCAAAAUUAUCUUCAUCACAUUUUGCUACACCAAUAACUGCUACAACAAUACAUCAACAACAUCGCUUAUCAACAAAUACUCCAACAUUAUCAUCUGCUGCUACUAGUCAUCCAUCUACAAUUGAACAAUGUAAAUUGCAUAUAACAUCAUCCGUUCUUCUCAAUCGUCUUUUCGGUAAAUCUCGAACUGAUAUUAGCUCAAACAAUAAGGAAAAUGCCACAACAACAAAGAGUAAUAAUAAGCAACGUCGACGACCAGUUAGUGCUGUAUUCAGUCAAGCAUUACAUCGACUUUCAUCUGCUUCAAUUUACAACAAACGGUUCUCAUCAACCGAUACACCACGAAAGCUAGAAAGGCCUGUAUCAAUUUGUCAACCAUCAUCUUCGACAUCUGUUACCGCUGUCACCACCACAAAAUCACAUCAUCGUCGUUCAGCUAACUUACAACAACACAUUUUUACACCACAAACUUCCACACCACAUACACAAGAAGAGGUAUUUCGUCCAAUUCGUCACACUCAAACAACUUUAUCAUUAUGCUAUGAUGAACGUUUGACCGAAUGGAUUUAUCCAAUUGAUGAAAUAUUGGAGAAACAAUUGGAACAGGUCGCAUAUUUCUGUAAAACAGCACAUCGGAAUCGAAUUAUAGAUGCUUUAUUAGAGCAACCGGAAGGUGCAUUUGUUGUUCGGUUUUCUGAAUCAAAACGAAAAUGUUUGGCAUUAAGUGUUCGAGUGCCAUUUCGACAUAAUCCAACUGGUGUAUCACAUUAUCUUAUCAUUCGAAAUGAUAAUGGAUUUAAAUUAAGGGGUUCAAACAAAUAUUUCCAAUCAAUACCUAUGCUUGUAACGCAUCAUUCUGUAAUGCCUGAACAACUACCAUGUCGUUUAAUAUUUGCUCAUUGGGGUAAUAUGUGGAAAUGCAAUGAAUUGAAUAAUAAUUAUGAUUACCCACCUUGUGAGCAAGUGGAAUGCUCAAAUGAGAUGUUCAAGCAUAAUCGAUGA